AUGCUGAAAAUAGUACGACCCAUGAAGGAAGUAUUCAAGAUAUUCAUAAUCGAUAUGGAGAAGCAAAAGCAAUCCUUAAAAAGCAUUUCCUGGGAUGUUUUCGAACAAUGGGCCUUAAAUGCAGGAUUAUCCACGAUGUAUACGAACUUCCAUCAGAUGGUUUGGGAGACAGAUUUCGAAGAGACGUUAUUCAGAAUAUUCGGGGAAAUCUACAGCCAGGAUGCCGAAGAGCAGUCGGAAAUCAGCGAGGACGAGGAAUGCUCAUUAUUGCCGAACACCAAGACCACAUCCACGUUAUCCACGACUGUACGUACGGAGGAGGAUCCUGCCGAUGCAGAUAUAUGCGAUAUCUCAGUGAAUACACGACCGAGGACCAAGAAAACAGUGAAAUUCAGCUCACUCCCUGGUCACAGAUCGAGCGAAGUGUCGACCUCGAAGUUGAAAAUGAACUCGAAAAAAAUACAAUAUGGACUCGGAGAAGCGGCGUCCUGCCAAACGUCGCAUGUCAUCGGACACGGAAGAGGAGGAGACUCUGCUAACCGUAAAGAAACCACUGAAAGACAUUCUCAGCAAUCCACCUCCGGCGGAAGGGAACACGGACAGCGAUGCUUCAGACAACUUAGAAGGUUUGCUCGACGGAGUUGUCCAACAGCAAUCAUUACGCUUGACCACUGGUGCAAUCUCACAGAAUAUCUCAGUAAAGCACCUCGAUCAAUUAGUUAUUUUGAAGUCGCGGGGAGAACGUGGGUUGAAAGUGGUGAAGUUAGAGAUAUACCCUUACAGCGAUUGUAUCAGGAAACCAAAGACGGAAUGGUGGAAGAGUGCGGAGUUUCCGCGGAACCUUCCUGUCCUAUGGAGCCGAAUCGCGUGUGCAGAAACUGA